AUGCCUACCUUUCUGUAUCAUGGGGAUACCUUCAUAAUAUUCUCACACCGUGAACCUCCACUGAAUCUAGCAGUUUUAGCAGCACAGACUGAGCUGAGAAUAAAGGAAAUCAUGGAGAAACCAGAUCAGCUGAUCCUGCCCAGACCUUUUACCCACAUGAACACCACCAUCAGUGCUAACCACAGCAGCACCAUCAUCCUCAACCCUAGAGACACAUACUGCAGAGGAAAUCAACUGGACAUCCUGCUGGAGACAAGGGACCACUUGGGACACAGGAAGGAAUAUGGCAGGGACUUCUUGAGGGCCAGGAUGUCCUCCCCAGCCCUGCAGGCAGGUGCUGCAGGAAAGGUGACAGACUUCAACAAUGGGACCUACUUUGUCAGCUUCACUCUAUUCUGGGAAAGCUGCAUUUCCCUGUCUCUCCUGCUCAUGUACCCCAGUGAGGGGGCAUCAGCUCUAUGGAGGGCAAGGAACCAGGGCUACAACACAGUGAUUUUCACAGGCAAAUUUAACAGUGGCACCACCCAGGCCCUCUCUGGAUGUGGCCUGACCCUAAACACAACUGUCAAACUUUGCCAGUAGGUGGAUGCUCAAGACCAAGGAGUCUUCUAUUGUGUGAGGCCUCCAAAUGUUCUUUGUGAGGCCCUGAUCCUCAUGACCAUCAAUGACUUAGCAAGGAAGAGCAGAAAUUUUAACAUAAGUUCCUAUCAGGUGACCUUCUCCACACGGCUACUCUCCAGUCCUUCAGGCCCAAGGAUGGACAGCAUCUGCUGUUGUGAAAGAAGUCAGAGGCAACACAGGGCUGGCACAGCUGCUGCCCAAUAUGCCAUCAGGGACCCAUCUGAGACCCAUCUUUCUGCUCAGCCUCUUGAGCAUGUUGGGUCUUUCUCUCUUGCACUUGCCACCUUAGCGUCUCCACCUCCAGCAAUUCGACUGCAUUCCAGACAAGAAGAGAAAGGGCAAAGACCAAGAGUGCCAGUGGCCACUGCACUGUGCAAAAGCCCACAGUAUCAGCCCACUGCCCACAGGCUGCUACAUGACGUGGCUGUACUUGUUCUUGGGCCUCUCAACUCAAAUGCUUCAGAUGCUGUUGACUUCACAGUGUUCACUCUAGGUCCCAACCACACCUCUAGCUCUUAUCCCCUUAAAUGA